GGGCUUGCAGCGCUCGACAAGGAACUGGGCGCCAACGAUUUCAUAGUAGCAUUCGCUCCAAUCCGUAUCAUCGCCGCCGGCGGCUUUCUUGCGGUCUCGUAUCUGCGGAAUCGUGAAAGCACGGGGGACAUCGAUUUUCUGAUGGAGCCCGAAUUCGCCGAGGACAAGGACAUUCAGCUUCCCUUGCAGGAAGCCAUCCGCGCCGUAGCAGUUCGGCACUCGUUCAACCUUGAGUGGAUCAAUGAGGAUAUGGCUGUCUUUGUGACCAGGAACACUCGCCAGGCCUUGUUCGCACAGGCCAAGAAGCAAAACAUUACGCUGUUCAAAGGGGAGAAUCUCGAGGUUUUGGCUGCUCCUCUGGAGUGGGCUCUGGAGCGCAAACUACGGCGCAUCCAGUCCGGGCGCCGCGAACACAAGGGGGAUUUCGAUAUGCUCGACGCACUUGCGCUGUUGAGAGAGCUGAGGGUACGCAACAGGGGUCCGCUAGACGAAGAAUCGAUCCGUACGAUGAACAUGAACGGCUUCGAUGUCCUCCCGACCCAUGAGACCAUGCAACGGAUAGGGAGAGAAUAUCGGGCAAAA